GACGCCUCCGGGCCCGAGCCGGGGCGGAGAUCAUCCCUGCAUUCUGGUCGCCCGGAGGAGGAUUCUCCCGUCGCUGAGGACCGCACCGGGACCCCGAGGAAUCCGUGGCCUGGAGAGAGCCCGCUGCACCAGAUCUCAGCCUGAUGGAUGCCUGGUGUGGAUGAUGAGGCAAGAACGUACCUCCCACACCCAAGAGGUGACCCCGGAGCGUGCCCCGGAUGACCCUACGACUCGGAACAAUGCGGCUGGCCUGCAUGUUCUCAUCCAUCCUUCUGUUUGGAGCUGCGGGCCUCCUCCUCUUUAUCAGCCUACAAGACCCUGCCGAGCUCACCUCCCAGCAGGUUCCAGGCAUAAAGUUCAGCAUCAGGCCACAGCAGCCCCAGCAUGAUGGCAACUUGAAGACACCCACAGAAAGGGUCACUCGUGACUUGCCCAGCCGGUCCCCCAGGGGCCUCAGCCAGCAGGUACCUGAUCAGCCUCAACCUCAUCUGAAGGCAAGGUCUCCUUUGAGACUCCGGCAGCGCCGACGUCGGCUGCUCAUCAAAAAGAUGCCAGCUGUAGGGGCCAUCAGAGCCAACAGCUCCUCUGAGUCCUUUAUCCAACCGAGACCCCACACCCUGGACAGUCGUUGGGUCAGUCUGCAUCAGAGCCAACAGGAGCGCAAGCGUGUGAUGCAGGAGGCCUGUGCCAAGUAUAGGGCCAGCAGCAGCCGCAGGGCCGUCACGCCCCGACACGUGUCCCGCAUCUUCGUGGAGGACCGCCACCGCGUGCUGUACUGCGAGGUGCCCAAGGCAGGCUGCUCCAACUGGAAGCGUGUACUCAUGGUGUUGGCAGGACUAGCCUCAUCCACUGCAGAUAUCCAACACAAUACGGUCCACUACGGCAGUGCCCUCAAGCGGCUGGACACUUUCGACCGCCAGGGCAUCGUGCACCGUCUGAGCACCUACACCAAGAUGCUGUUUGUCCGGGAGCCCUUCGAGAGGUUGGUCUCUGCUUUUCGAGACAAGUUUGAGCAUCCCAACAGCUACUAUCACCCGGUUUUUGGCAAAGCUAUCCUGGCCCGUUACCGGGCCAACGCCUCUCGGGAGGCACUGCGGACUGGCUCCGGUGUGCGGUUCCCCGAGUUCGUCCAGUACCUGCUGGAUGUGCACCGGCCGGUGGGCAUGGACAUCCAUUGGGACCACGUCAGCCGGCUGUGCAGCCCCUGCCUUAUCGACUAUGAUUUCGUGGGCAAGUUCGAGAGCAUGGAGGACGAUGCCAACUUCUUCCUGAGCCUCAUCCAUGCGCCUGGGAACCUGACCUUCCCGAGGUUCAAGGAUAGGCACUCCCAGGAGGCACGCACCACGACUAGGAUCACCCAUCAGUACUUCGCCCAGCUCUCCACCCUGCAGCGGCAGCGUACCUACGACUUCUACUACAUGGACUACCUGAUGUUUAACUACUCCAAGCCCUUUGCCGACCUGUACUGAGGGGCGGGGCCAGCUAGCCAGGGGAGGGGUUUGCCCGCUCACUCCCCUGUGCGCAGGCGUGCCCCGCCCUCCAUGGAUUCUCCUCUGUGAGUUGAGCUAAACCUAGAGCCACUAGGCUCUUAGGACAUGAGAAGCCCGUGGCUGUGGCAUGUUGCAGGCCCUAGGUGGAGGACAGAGGCCCAUACCUUGGAAAGGCCCCUGACCCUUGCCUCCCACCUGUUUCCUUACUCAUUGGCUGAUGGUGAUACUGAGGGCUCAGAUGGGUCCUGAAGAAUUCAGCUGAGAGCUAUGUUGACCAGGGAAGUCUGAGGCCCAGAUGAUGAGGGCCCCAGACGGUGAGGGAUGUCCUACAUUCCCUUAGCCUUUGCCUUGUACCAAACCACGUGGUUUGCAGCUUUUCUAUGACCCAGGGGGAGGCUCCGAAUAAAGCACAUGGUUUU